UAGUACCCAGGUAGGUACAGCAUAUACCUACAUGCAUGUGUGUGUAGUAUAUUACCCUGCAAGAUCGCACAUCCAAUCCGCGUCGGAAGUUCCGAUGUCCUUGGUUACUCUCACAUCGAAACUCAGGGCUUCACUUAAGCGAUGGAGGACACCGGUUUGAGAGCUCGUUUUGAACGUGUCAAAGAGAAAGCUCGUCUACACGGUGACGAGUCUCAACACGAGCAGACGGAUAAAUGGAGUAAUCGUGAUUUGAUACCUCUUCCGCCAAGCAGAAGAACAUGGGGAUGGUUCCAUUAUUUCGGAUACUGGACUCUCUCGUCCUUGAAUAUCGCGAAUUGGCAGACUCCUAAUAGUUUCUUGACCCAAGGAUUGUCGGUUGCACAAGCGUUGGGCAUCAUUAUUGUCGGCCGCGCUCUAAUAGUGAUGUUCUCGACGCUCAUUGCCUGGUGCGGCAUCAAAUGGCACAUCGGCUUUACCAUCCAGAACCGCUUCACGUGGGGAAUGCGGGCCAGCUACAUCCCCCUUCUCCAGCGCAUCCUGCUCAACUUUAUCUGGAACGCCGUCCAAGUCUGGAAUGGCGGACGGCUUGCAGCGGUAUGCAUCACCGCCAUCUGGCCGUCAUUCGCCAGGAUGCGGAACUUCCUACCCGAGAGCUUUCCCGCUACUGGCGAUGAGUUUGUCGGCUUCAUUAUCAUCUGGGUUUUGUCAACACCGCUCUUAUGGAUCCCACCCGAGAAGUUCAAGAUCCCUUUCUUGGUUACUUCUAUCUACACUGGGUUAGGUAUGCUCUGUAUAAUGAUAUGGGCGCUGGUAACUGCAAAGGGAGCCGGCCCCCUUUUGUACGCCGGCGUUAGCGUCCCCCAGAGUUCGAUGUGGAACGUGUCCUGGCUUAUGAUGGCCGGUGUCAAUCAAACCCUGGGAGGCAUUGCGGCGGGAAUCACGAACGGGUCUGAUUUUUCCCGGUACUCGAAGAAUGGAAGGUCUUUCGUAAUUGGCACCAUUACCUCGGGCUGGAUCACCGGCGUCCUAGUAUGUGUCAUUGGACUAGUGACCACCAGUGCGGCCGAGAAGCUCUACGGUGAGGUGUUUUGGAAUCCACCGGAUCUGUUGAUGCGGAUGAUGGAGAACGGAGAAGGGUCCUCGGCCGCCCGGGCUGGUGUGUUUUUCCUGGCCUUUGGGUUUGCGUUGACUAGCAUGUUCGAGAACAUCUGUGGUAAUGCAGUUGCUGGUGGGAUCGACCUCGCGGGCCUCUGGCCCCACUAUAUCAACAUACGGAGAGGGGCCAUCAUCACUUUUGUUGCUGCUUGGGUGGUUCAGCCUUGGCAGCUCGUCAACAGGGCAACUACCUUCAUCCAGGUGCUCAGCUCAUUCUCGGUGUUCCUGUCGCCGAUGAUUGGUCUCAUGGCAGUUGACUUCUACCUCCUACGUGGACGCAAGAUCCGCCUGUCUCAUUUAUAUAACCCGAACACUUCAUCGUAUUGGUAUUGGAAGGGGGCCAACUGGCGAGCAAUAGUGUCGUGGGUUUGCGGUUGGAUUCCUACCAUCGGUGGACUCGUCGCUACGGUGAAUAGUGAUACAAAUGCAUCGAGAGCUUGGUUUGAACUAUACUAUAUGGCAUUCUUCAUAGGUUUCUUCACCAGUGGAGUUCUCUUCUACAUCCUCAACAAAUUAUUUCCGGUGGCAGGAUUGGGCGAGUACGACGAAGCCGAUGUCUAUGGUACCUUCACCGCUAGGGAAGCAGCGAAGUUGGGCGUUGUUGCAGCAGAGUUCCAGACGGAUACCUACGAGACCCCCGACGCGUCUUUGGUGCAGGAAGCCAUGGAGAAGAAGGAAUAGAUCAGACGGCGGAUCACCACACGCCACUCCACGCCAUCGCGUUUCACUUGCAACUCGUAUAUGAAGCUGUAAGAGGUAAACGAAGGCGAAAGAGUGUUGUCAAAACUUAGCUUGCGGGAAGUGUAUCCCUUCUGAGGCCACAUUGUGGUGACGUGAUAGACGCGUUCGCUCGCUCCGCUUCAUAGCUGCUAAUCCUGAACUGGAAGAAGAAGACGAUU